UGUGUCUAUCUCCUUUUCAUUUUUUUCUCUAAACAAAAGUCGUUCAGUAUGAUUGAUUCUUCUUCAAAGCUAGCUACAUUGAAGAAAGAAAAAUGAUGUUAAUUAGGUCAAAAAUAUGCAAAACCGUAAACCCAUAUUUAGUUUCUAGGUCUAUUCAAAUGUACUCAACCCCCCCAAUUGGUUUCACUGAACUUGAAAAACGUAUAUUGAAGAAUGGGAACCCAAAAUCUUCAAUGCUUCCAAUUCUUAACCAAUGGGUUGAACAAGGUGGUGAUGUUAUCGAACCAGUUCUCAAACGUAUCAUCGCUCGUCUUUCUAAUAGUCGUCGCUUCUCACAUGCCCUUCAGGUAUCAGAAUGGAUAAGCAAUAACAGUAACAAUGAUUUAUCUUCUGGAGACAUUGCUAAACAGCUCAACCUGAUAUCUAAAGUUCACGGUCUAGAACAAGCAGAGAAAUUUUUCAAAGGCAUCCCUGAAGCUAAAAUUGGGUUCAAGAUAUAUGCUGCUCUUUUAGGCUGUUAUGCAGAACAUAAAUCUUUGGAGGAAGCAGAGGUCAUCAUGAAGAAAAUUAAGGAGUUGCGUCCCGCACACAUGACAGUGUGUUAUAAUAUGAUGUUAAAACUAUAUGCUCAGAAAGGUAAAUAUGAAUUAUUGGAUAGGUUGAUGCAAGAAAUGAAAGAGAAGGACAUCUGCAACGGUGCUACGUUUACUAUUAGGUUGAAUGCUUAUGCAAAUUCUAGAGACAUAGAGGGGAUGGAGAAGCUACUAAUGCAAAUGGAAGCUGAUCCCAUGGCAACCGUGGAUUGGUAUACAUAUUCUACAGCAGCAAAUGCUUAUAUGAAAGUUGGCAAUGUCGAAAAGGGCUCAGCAAUGCUGAAGAAAUCAGAAAAUUUAGUUAAUGCUCAGACAAGUAGGAUUCCGUAUGAAUCGAGGAGGCUUGCGUAUGAAUCUCUUCAAACUAUGCAUGCUGCAAUUGGAAACAAGGACGCAGUUUAUCGACUUUGGAAUAGGUGUAAAAAUCUUAGAAAUACUCUCAACUCAAGUUACUUAUGUAUGCUAAGCUCAUUAGUGAAACUGGAUGACAUUGAAGGCGCAGAGAAGAUUUUACAAGAAUGGGAGUCUGGAAACACAACGUUCGACAUCAGAAUUCCAAAUAUGAUGAUCACUGCUUAUUGUAAAUGGGGUCUGUUGGAUAAGGCUGAGGCAUAUAUCAAGAGGCUUUUGGAUGAUGGCAAGGAAUUAGACGGAAGUUCAUGGGACCGUUUGUCGUCUGCUUAUAAAACAGAUAAUGCUAUGGAAAAAGCGGUUCAAGCAAUAAAGAAAGCAACACUGGGAAGUCGACCAGGAUGGAAACCUAACGCCUGGAAUUUGGUUGAUUGUAUCAAGUACCUGAAAGAACAAGCUGAUGUGGAGCAAGCCCUAGAGAUUCUGAAGUUAUUUAAAGAAAAAGGCCAUAUCUCAGACACUACCUAUGAUAGAUUAGUAAGUUAUGUUUAUGGUGAAAUACCAGAUACAACAGAAGCCAGUGAUCUGAUUACACAAGAUUAACGAAUGAAAAGGUUCAAUUUGAUGAUUAAGGAAACUAAUGUUUCAAUGUAAACUAGAUGAUGAAGAAAACUAAUGUUUCAAUGUAAAAGAUGUUUUGCAAAGGAUUUAUUCAAUUAUUUCCAAGGAGGAAAGCUUUUGUCCUGACUGGGUGCUCUGCUUAUUUAUUUUCCUCCUGUUUAGACACUUUUUGUUGCACCUUUCAUUGUUAUGUCUCUGAUUUAAUUAGCAUCCUAUUUUAUUCACUCUCAUUUUUGUUUUAA